AUGGCUUCUUGUUAAAAUAAUACCCAAAAAUUCACAAAAUCAAUUUCAUUAUUAAGAAUAUCCUCAAAUGUAUUUAACAGCAUCUGUUAUUCAAAAUGUGGUAACACAACAAUAAUUUCAAAAUAAAUGAAUAAUACAUUUAUACCUUAUAUGAUAGAAGAUAAAUGGUAAUCUGAAAAUAGUAUUCAUUCAGAUGAAAUGGAUUAAGAUUCUGAUCAUAAUUGUUGUUAUCAAAUUGCUCAAAUAGCAAAAGCAAAUGAAGAACCUUUAAAAUAAAUUCAUUGGAUAAAUGAAAAUAAGGUGUACAAUUUAUUUUUUAAAUGGAUUUCAAUAAAAAUAUUUUGCAUUAAAAUUUAGCUAGAUAAUUAGGGUAUAUCUUUGCUGUAAUCAAUUUUAAUAUAUAUGGGACUUAAAUUGCUAUUCAAAUUUUAUAAAGUGUUUUGA